CAUGGCGUGUAUAGUUGAUACGUUGGUUAGUUUAGUUUGAAAAAAAAAAAAAAAGUUUACUUAUCGGCGGUUCGUGUUUUUGGUGCUUAAUGAGUUACUAACUUUUAUUUUGUAAAAGCAACAGCGCAGUGCAAAAGUUGAUAUGUGAUGUGUGUGUGUGAUGUGUCAGACUUAUCUUCGAAAGAAAUGUAAAUUCUGAAGGUUCACUUUGUUGGAUAGGAAUAUGCCAACUAAAGCAUCCAAGAAAGUUGUUGGAAUGAUUAUAAGGAGCAGAAAAACAAUAAUGAAGGAUGGCGUAAUGACGACUUCAGGAAUUGGAGAGCCCAGCAUAUACCAUGCCCUUGUUGUCAUAUUUCUGGAAUUCUUUGCAUGGGGACUUUUGACUAUGCCCAUUAUUUCUGUUCUCAAUGAAACAUUUCCAGAUCACACAUUCCUUAUGAAUGGACUAAUUAUGGGAAUUAAGGGGUUUCUGUCUUUUCUAAGUGCACCAUUAAUCGGUGCACUGUCUGAUGUUUGGGGCCGGAAGUUUUUCCUAUUAAUAACAGUAUUUUUUACCUGUGCACCAAUACCACUGAUGACUAUCAACACAUGGUGGUUUUUUGCCAUGAUCAGCAUAUCAGGGGUUUUUGCUGUAACAUUCUCGGUCGUGUUUGCCUAUGUUGCGGAUGUUACAGAAGAGCAUGAACGAAGUCUUGCUUAUGGCCUUGUUUCUGCAACAUUUGCAGCAAGUAUGGUUAUCAGCCCAGCAUUGGGAGCGUAUAUGAUGGAUGCCUACAGUGAAAAUUUAGUUGUUGCAUUGGCCACAGCAAUAGCUAUACUUGAUGUAUUUUUUAUUCUUGUGGCUGUUCCUGAAUCCCUUCCAGAAAAAGUCCGACCAUCAUCGUGGGGUGCACCUAUUUCUUGGGAACAAGCUGAUCCAUUUGCAGCACUUCGUAAGGUUGGCAAGGACCACACCAUACUUAUGCUGUGUGUGACAGUGUUUUUAUCGUACUUACCUGAAGCUGGACAGUAUUCAUGCAUUUUUGUUUAUCUCAAAUUGGUGAUGGAUUUUAGUGUUGUAAUGGUCGCUGUCUUUAUUGCCACAGUGGGUAUACUGUCUGUUGGUGCGCAGAUAAUUUUAGGAUUCCUAAUGCGUUCUUUGGGCAGUAAGCACACAAUUAUUGUUGGUCUUGUGUUUGAAAUGUUGCAACUAAUGUGGUAUGGAUUCGGCUCACAAACAUGGAUGAUGUGGGCCGCUGGGGUCCUGGCUUCAAUCUCUAGCAUCACUUAUCCUGCUAUUAGUGCCUUUGUAUCAAUGCAUUCUGAUGCAGACAAACAAGGGUUAGUACAAGGAAUGGUAACUGGAAUGAGAGGGCUCUGUAAUGGCCUCGGACCUGCUAUGUUUGGUGUAAUAUUCUACCUCUUUCAUGUUGACUUAAAUGAAGAUCCUUCAAAAAUAAGAUCUGAACGUCCUAUUAAUUUGGGAGAUAAUGGUACCACAGGACAGAUGCACGAUUCGUUACAACCUUUGGUUCCUGGUCCACCAUUUGUUUUUGGUUCCUUUUUGGUGAUCUGUGCUUUGCUGGUAGCAGUUUUCAUUCCUGAAGGCAACUCUAUGGGUUCCAACCUUCGAACUAAUUCACGGAGACAAUCUGGUCUCUCAAUGGAGGUGCAUUAUGAAGUAGAGCGUAGCAAAAAGCACGAUGGAGUGAGUCCUCUGUCACCACUUGUUGACAAUUCUGCCAUCCUGUAGCAUAAGUGAAAGAAAAAGAUGAUGGCUUUGGUGCAAGGACUAGUACUGUUUCUUUGAUUUUACAGAAGAUAAAUUGUUUGUCUGUUUCCAAACACAUAAAAUUUUGUUGUAUCACUAUCCUGUGUAUAGUAUUCGUAUUGAAUACUACACUACAUGUUAAUUGUAAUUGUUUUAUGUCUUGUUUGUGUAAAAAUAAUGAAUACAUAUUGUGUUCAUUAUACCAAGGAAAUGUUUUAUGGCAAAUAACUGUUGUAAGAAAACUUUCAAGAACUGUUUAUUAGCUCUGACAUGGUGAGUCUACUUACAACAAAUUUGUUACGUGACUUCUGUGGUUGACUCUGAGUGAAUUGGACUGACCGAUUGGCUCUCUAUACAAUACAUGAGAAAUUUUCCUGCCUAUUGAAGAAAGUCAAAUCACAAUUCAAGUGGAGUCAUGUGGUCUUUGCACCAAAGUGUUUUUUAAUGUGUAUUAAACAAAGUAGCUGGUGUGUAUGAAACUAUUUCUACUGUGGUGUACAUACUGAAGUUAGGUGUAAUGUUCCACAAAAAAGUGAAAAUUUCAGGUUUUGUGUUGGGACUUGCACAGAAAGUAAAAAUGGAUGAUAUUGUAUGUAAUAUGUUCUGAGCACAGUAUUGUGUAGUACAAAAUGAUGUUUGAGCAGAAAUUCAGAGUGGUUUUAAUGAUCCCUGUACUUCUUUUUCUUUGUUUGUUGUUGUUGUUGUUGAAGUUGUUGUUGUUGCGGAUGUUGUUAUUACUGUUGUUGUUGGCUUUAGUCCAAUUUAAAAAAAAAAAAAUAAUGUUAUUUACGGUCUGUCUGAACCUGUUGUUACUGUGAAAGUACUUACCUCCUCAUUUGCCCUCUGGAGAGGAGAACUGAAGUUACUGAUUGCAACCCACAGAACAGAUAUAAUGUGCAGUUCAGGUGGCAGGUUCUAUAUACACCAUUUAAAUACUGUUAAUAGUUUGGUGUGUUUGUUUCAGGUAUGAAAGAAAUGUCAGACAAGUGUGCACAACAGUAAAUGCUAAUAGUCAUUCAGUAUUUAAAUGAUAUGAGAGUGGUGAUGUGUAGGUGGAUGUCCCUAAAUUAGAUGAGUUUAGUUUGCGAUAAUACUACCACCAAAGCUGUUAUUGUACUUACUGCAAUAUAUUUAUCUUAUUUGUUGUGUUAGAAGAGGACUCUUCCAUUGUACGUACAAGAAAAUGAUAAAGUAGUGAACGAUAUCACAAGAUGUGUCUAUGUAGUAAAAUUGUAGUUAAAAAGCUGCAGUGAUUUGAAAAGAAUGGGAAUUUGAUGGAAUGAAACUGGGAGAAAAAGAGCAUUUAGUAUCUCAGAUUGGGCUUUAAUCCAGGUAUAAUAAGAAACAAAUCAUUUUGAGACUGAUUUACUAGUUUUAUAAUUGAUUGUAUUAUACGUUACCGCUUUCAGUAAAACGUAUUGUAAGACGAUUUUACAUAUGAAGACACUGUGGUAUUGAUUGCAUUUAUUGUUCAGUAAGGAAAUAAAAAUUGGCAUCCUGGUAAUAAAUAACUGCCUAAUAUUUCUUUGCACUAAUUUUUCUUAAUGUGGCAUGAUGUGCUCAUUUGUUUAGCAUCGUGUUUCCACCAACCAUCUAAUUACUUUUUGUGUUGUAAAUAUUAGUCAUAGGCAUUGUUUGCAUAAAAUUAUGUAAUGCAAGGUUUGUCAACAGUCUAAGACUUGACACAGUUCAGGAGCAUUAUACUUAGGAGGAAGCACAUAAUAGCACUUCAGUGUGGCAUCCAUUUAUAAUAAGGUGUUAAUUUGCUAGACAUUGUAUUCUGUCAGCCAUAUCUUACAAGGAGGCCUCUGUUCUAAAAUCAUCUUCACUUUUAUUCAAGUUAAUUAUUUGUACCUAUAAGCAACCUGGAAAUAAACAAGGAGUUGGCAGUAGCCUAAAAUGUAAAAAGAGGUAGGUUCUACUGUUAUUGCACACCCAUCACUUUAUUGUGACUCUGUUGUGGAAUAUAAUGGAUACAGUGUAAGUACAAAAAGUAAGCACCAAUAGAAGAAAGAAAAAUGUCAUAUUAAGGAAAAUACAUUUUGUGUGUUAUGUGUUGAAAUUUUCUGUUUUGUGUUAGCACUUACUGUUACAGUGUAUCAGUUGUAAGUCUCUAAGAAACAGUGUUUGUGAGCAACUAAAGUGACAUGAUACUGAUGAAAUGUUGAACCAAAAAUAUCUUCAGCCAUCUAUGUUUCCAAUUUUAUUUUAUUUUUACUAUCAGUGUUGGCGUUACACUGAACUAUGUGUAGGAAGAUUCCCACCUCUUGUACAAACAAAAUAGGGGCCAUAAUACACUCACUGGUAUCCAUAGAAUUCUUUUUUACAAAGUGAUCCCUUUGAUCACCACUCCCAAAUUCAUGUUGUCUGGCCUGUAUUUCAAUUGUACAAUCGAUGGUAUACUUCUACAUGUUGGUCAGGGGGCCUGAUGAUGGCAUAGUGUAAUGCUGAAAGUGGUAGCAAAAAUAAAAUAAAAUUGGAAAUAUAGACAACGGAAGAUGCUUUUGAUUUGACAUUUUAUAUUGAACAGCUGAGGUUGUGCAACUAUCCUGUAUAAAGAUGAAUUUAUAGAGACGUAAUACUGAUCAGUCUCAGUGUUAUGUGCACACACUUUAUUUUAGCCAUCCAACAUUUUGGUCUCUGCGUGCAAAUUCUCAUACUACUUA